CCCCCCAAAGGCUGUGGCUUCUCAACCUAUAUCUCCGCCCCAUGUAGAACCCAUAUAAAAGGUUGCCAAGAAUUUUCACCUGUGCAGAAAAGCAUUGUUUUCAAAAAGAUCAUCAUAGAUUACAGCCUUUUGCUUCACUUCACGGAUUCCAAGGGAGUGCUUUGAAAGCAAUGUCCAAAAAACUGGUCUUAGUUUUGAUAUUGGCCUGGGUGUUUAUGGCUGCCUAUGGCCAAGAAACCCCGUCCAGCGAUGACGAACAGUCCGGCAGCGGCGACGGAGAGUCCGGCAGCGGCGACGGAGAGUCCGGCAGCGGCGACGGAGAGUCCGGCAGCGGGGACGGAGAGUCCGGCAGCGGCGACGACGAACAGUUCGGUAGUGGCGAUGAGGGGACUGUAGCCCCCACCUAUGUCCCUACAACUAACGAGCCGACUAUUAGUCAAGAGCCAACCCCCACCCAUGUCUCUACAACUAACGAACCAACUAUCACUGAAGGGCCAACCCCCACCCAUUUCCCUGCAACUAACGAGCCAACCAUCACUCAAGAGCCAACCCCCACCCAUGUCCCUACAACUAACGAACCAACGAUCACGCAAGAGCCAACCACCACCCAUGUCCCUAUAACGAAUGAGCCAACUAUCACUCAAGAGCCAACCCCUACCCAUGUCCCUGCAACUAACGAGCCAAGUAUCACUCAAGAGCCAACCUCCACCCAUGUCUCUACAACUAACGAGCCAACUAUCACUCAAGAGCCAACCCCCACCCAGGUCCCUACAACUAACGAACCAACGAUCACUCAAGAGCCAACCCCCACCCAUGUCCCUACAACUACAGGGCCAACCAUCACUCAAGAGCCAACACUCACCGAUGUCCCUACAACUAAAGGGCCAACCGUCACUCAAAAGCCAACCCCCACCCAUGUCUCUACAACUAACGAACCAACUAUCACUGAAGGGCCAACCCCCACCCAUUUCCCUGCAACUAACGAGCCAACCAUCACUCAAGAGCCAACCCCCACCCAUGUCCCUACAACUAACGAACCAACGAUCACUCAAGAGCCAACCACCACCCAUGUCCCUAUAACGAAUGAGCCAACUAUCACUCAAGAGCCAACCCCUACCCAUGUCCCUGCAACUAACGAGCCAACUAUCACUCAAGAGCCAACCUCCACCCAUGUCUCUACAACCAACGAGCCAACUAUCACUCAAGAGCCAACCCCCACCCAGGUCCCUACAACUAACGAACCAACGAUCACUCAAGAGCCAACCCCCACCCAUGUCCCUACAACUAACGAACCAACGAUCACUCAAGAGCCAACCCCCACCCAUGUCCCUAUAACGAAUGAGCCAACUAUCACUCAAGAGCCAACCCCAACCCAUGUCCCUACAACUAACGAGCCAACUAUCACUCAAGAGCACACCCCCACCCAUGUCCCUACAACUAACGAGCCAACUAUCACUCAAGAGCCAACCCCCACCCAGGUCCCUACAACUAACAAGCCAACUAUCACUCAAGAGCCAACCCCCACCCAUGUCCCUACAACUAACGAGCCAACUACCACUCAAGAGCCAACCCCUACCCAUGUCCCUGCAACUAACGAGCCAACUAUCACUCAAGAGCCAACCUCCACCCAUGUCUCUACAACUAACGAGCCAACUAUCACUCAAGAGCAAACACCCACCCAUGUCCCUACAACGAACGAGCCAACUAUCACUCAAGAGCCAACCCCCACCCAUGUCCCGACAACUAACGGGCCAACUAUCACUCAAGAGCCAACCCGGACCCAGGUCCCUGCAACUAACGAGCCAACUAUCACUCAAGAGCAAACCCCCAACCAGGUCCCUACAGCGAACGAGCCAACUAUCACUCAAGGGCCAACCCCCACCCAUGUCCCUACAACUAAAGGGCCAACCAUCACACAAGGACCAACCCCCACCCAUGUCCCUACAACCAUAGGGCCAACCAUCACUCAAGGACCAACCCCCACCCAUGUCCCUACAACGGAAGAGCCAACUAUCACUCAAGAGUCAACCCAUGUCCCUACAACUAAAGGGCCACCCAUCACUGAAGAGCCAACCCCCACGCAGGUCCCUACAAGUAAAGGACCAACCCCUGCCAAUGUCUCACCAACAACUAAAAGGCCUACGGCUCCAAAUCCAACAAAUCCAACAGUUAAAAGACCAACCCCUACCAAUGUCUCUACAACAACUAAAAGGCCUACUGCUCCAAAUCCAACAACUCCAACAGUUAAAGGACCAACGCCUACCAAUGUCUCUACAACAACUAAAAGGUCUACUGCUUCAAAUCCAACAACUCCAACUGUUAAACGAACAACGCCUACCAAUGUCUCUACAACAACUAAAAGGCCUACUGCUCCAAAUCCAACGACUCCAACAGUAGUCCCCACAUCUUCACCACCGGUUGUUGUGCUGUCGGCAACUUUGGGGGAACCGUUUGUGGAAGAAUUCAACAACGUCAACAGUCCACAGUACAAAGCGCUUGAAAGGAGGGUUGUGACUGCGUAUGACAUCAUCUACAGGACGAGAUAUGGCAUUUUCUUUAUCCGUACCUUUGUUAUUCGAAUUUUCCGCGCUGUGGUGUUGACGCGAAUGGAAAACACGCAAGUGGAAGUUGGACUGGAGUUCAAGAACAUAUCUACCACUCCCGCGGACGAGGACGUCGUCGCUACCUUGGAGGAAACGCUCGGCCAGCCCAACAACACCUUCAACCUUUUCGUUGAGACCGUUGAAGUCAUUGACUCUCCGCAAAGAAAUUUGACAACAGCAAAACCCAACGCCACUGCGACUCCAGCUAUGGCGUCCACCGAGAACCCCGUGACGAGCAUAUCACUCACCACUCGGACUUUGAGGUUUACGUCUGUCGGCGAGGUGUUCACGAGCGACUUGCUCAAUCAGUCAUCUGCUGCGUUUAUCAGUCGAGCGGAACUCAUCAAAAUGACGCUUGAACCAUUCUACAAUGUCACGUUUUCUUCAUUCAACGAUCUGACAGUAACGUCAUUCAGUAAUGGCUCUAUUGUCAACUUCAUGGACUUGAGAUUCGAAUCCAGCCUGGUGCCCAGCAAUAAUGCCAUUGCUAACGUUUUGAUCAACGCGGCGUCCGACAUCACAGUCUUCAACGUGGACACCUCUUCCAUUUUUGUCAACGGCAUACUGAUUUCAAGCGCAGCGAGCCAUAAGACGAGCCUCAUCACCGCAUCUGGCAUGGUGCUGGUGUCAUGGUUACUGGUGGGCCAGCAGUAGCAUCUUGGGCCAAUUUGCCAAAAUUGGUCGCCAGGGAUCGCCGAUUGCCAUAUCAUUAAGCUCUAUUUAUAGGGAGGUGUAUGUAAAUCAAAGCUUUUGCAUACUGUAUGAGAACAAAAUCUUUUGGAUUUUCUGACUGACUAGUAAAAUUAAAGCCUGUAGAUACUAUUUAAAUGGAAGCUUUGGACACUGUAAGAACUGAAGUCUUUUGACAUGCCAUACAAAUGAAAGUUGUUAUACACUGUGUACAAAUUAAAGCCUUUUAAAACUA